UUACCCAGAUCUUGGUAUAUUUUAAGAAAAUAUUGCGGUAAAAAUGCUACAUCCCAUCUUAUUGAAGAUCUGUCAUCGUGUUGGUUACAGAAUGCUACAGGCUCAUUGAGUGAAAACGUGAUUUAAAUCUUGAUCUUCCUCAAAUUUUGUGUAUUAUUACCUCCAUAUUUAGUUGAAAACCUCAAAAUAACUCUUUACGAUACGCGAGCCAAGGCUAACAAGAACCAACGAUGAAUCCGACCAUAACCUACAAACGUCGGCCGAAACUGACAGCCCGAACCUCGAAAACAAUAGCAACCGACGAAAACGAUUAAUUAGGAUGACUGGCAGGGCGAAAUCGGGCACGUCCCGAAUCGAGGUGGACAUAGAGAGGAACCGCGAGGAAGGAAACUGGAUCAAAGCUAUCGAAUUGGCGGAACAGCUGAGAGAAAAGUCGCCCGAAUUCAUUUGCCUUUCGGAUUUUUUGAUCGGCGAGGGAAAACUCGAGAAUUUCCUGGAGGAAUGGCCGCCGAUAGAGCAAAACGUGCACCGAGCGAAGCUCGGUCUCAUCGAAGCCAAACGCUUUCUCAACAUGGUUAUCACUGAAGCGGGUAUCAAGGCCGGGGUCGCGAUGGACGCGCAUUUGCUCUUAGGAAAACUGCACUACGCCUGCGGCCAAUACUCGGAGAGCAUCAAAAAUUUUAAAAUGGCCGAUCUGCAGAACUUAUCCGAGAAAAAGUUACCGCUGCGAAGCCUGAAAAUAGUCGCCGAAUCUUACGCUAUCAAGGGCUUGUGCCUGCAAAAGGAAGGCGUGACGGCCGCCAGUAAAUUUAAAACCACCGAACGCGAGGAAGAGCUUGCCCGAUGUUUCGACCUCGCGUCGGACCUAGCCCUCCUCUACAUGCAAAAAUCGGAACGGGAACUGAAUUUCAACACCCAAAGCGCCGGCAACGCAGGGAGUCACUCGCCGCAGCCGCCAGGUCCCCAAAAAUCGAUCGGCGACAUCCUCGAACAGGCCCUGACCGCGGCCCCCGUGGUGCUACUGCGCCAAUCGAAGCCUGCGCAGGCGCUCGAACGUUACCGCGCGUCUUUAUGCGCUGUAGAAUCGCAGGCCGGCCAGAGUUUCCGUCUGAAAUUCAUGUGCCAGACGGCCGAGUUGCUGCUGCAGGGAUUGGUAGGCGAAAAGUACGAGCCGCCGCUGAACUACACCCCCAAGGUGUCGUGCUGGAAGCCCAAAUACUACACCUCGCUGAACCAGUUUAUACCGCGUAGCCAGUGCGAGGAGGUGAUCCUGAUGCUGCUGAUAGCCGAAUCCAUGGCGGUUAGGAACGCGGUGCUGUCUCAGUCGCCCGAGUUCAGGGACGUCCGUCUCGGCGCUUACCACGACGCGAAAAUGGUGUACGAUUUGCUGACCGUCGCGACGGUCCGCUGGGGUCAGAUCGCGUUACUGCAGGAGUCUCUGGAGCGGUCGAUGAAGUUCUCGUUCGAGGAGCCGCACCUGUGGCGGCAGCACGCGCUCUCCCUCCUCUCGAUCGGCAGCUACCCGCAGGCGCUCGCCGUCCUCAAAGAGGUCAUCCGGCUGGAGCCGCGCAACGCGAGCAACUGCCUCCUAGCGGCGAAGCUGUGCUACGAGCACCUGGACCUCUUCCGCGAGGGCGUCGAUUUCAGUUUGGAAGCCCGCGAGAGGGAGCUCGGCACCGGGUCCGGCCUCUUAGGUCGAUGCCAUUUGUACGCGGCCAUCGGGUAUCACCUGCUCGCCGAAGCCAGCCCCUUGAAGAAAGAGCAGGAGGUCUUGAGGUGCAAGGCGAUCGACAACGUCAAAACGGCGGCCGAGCUCGAGCCCAACGAUCACCUUUGCCGGUACUACCUCGGCCUCCAGUUGGCCAUCAGGGGCCAGAUAGCUGAGGCGAAGCGUCAGAUCAGGAUCGGGCUCGAGCUUCAGCCCGAGCACUCGAGCACCUUGCACCUGCUCAUCCUGAUACUGACGGCGGAGCGUCAUCACAAAUUCGCGCUGACCGUGGCCGAGAACGCUCUCGAGGAGUACCCCGACUGCCUGAACCUGCUCUACGUCAAGGCGCAUUUGGAACUUCACGAGAAGGGGGGCGAGGCGGCCUUGGUCACCGCCAAACAGAUGCUCGAGCUGUGGAAAAACCUUUACGAAGGUCAGACGGUGUCGGACGUGCCCGAGUGCGACCGGAAAAGCGACACCCGUUCGGUCUUCCAGCUGUACACGUCCGAGAUGUCCGACAAGGACUCGAGUUCGUUGCAGCUGCACCACGCGGUCGCUUCGAGGGUGGAGCAAGCUCUGAGCGAGGUUGCCAGCUCGUUGAGCAGCUUCAGUCCGCGUCCGGGGCCCCGGAGGGCGUGGAUGCUCCAGGUGGAGGUGUGGCUUCUCUUAGCCGAGCUUUAUCUCGCCUUGGAUCAACCGACGGACGUGCAGCAGUGCCUGCAAGAGGCCACUCAGAUUUACCCUCUGAGCCACCACAUCAUGCACAUGAAGGGCUUGCUCCACGUGCACAAGGAGGAGUGGAGCGACGCCAAGACGUGUUUCCAGAACGCGGUGGCCAUCAAUCCGCUCCACGUCAAGUCGUUGCAGCAGCUCGGCCUCGUCUACCACUACCUGGGGCUGCAGGGUUUGGCGGAGACGACGCUCCGCGAGGCGGCCAAGAUCGAACCCAAGAACCCGGUCACGUGGUACAAUUUGGGCAAGGUGCUCGAGGCGCUGGGCGAGUUCGAGAAGGCGAGCGGCGCCAUGGCGACCGCCCUCAUCGAGGAGAAAAACGACCCCGUGUUGCCCUUCAAUUCGGUACCGAUAUGCUUCGAGUGAAACGGCGUAACGGGGGUCUGGGGGUUUUAUUUUUAUUUUUAAAUGUUUACCGGUCGGUGUCUCGCUGUACAUAGUAAUAAAGAUUAUCGUUUUA